AAUUUCUGACGGGCAAUCUUACCACAUUCUCAGUCACAGCUUCUCCUCUCCAUGUGUCUGAUCAUCGAAAGGGAUGAGAGGGCACGGCCGACGCAGAGAUCUGGAGGUGAGUCAAAAGAGACCCAGGGGUUGAGUGGAGGGAGACUUGGAUAUGGUUGUCGAUGGAGAAGGGAGAUCGGGAGAGAAACAGGUGUGAGUGGAGGCCGACCGGUGUGAGAGGAAGAGUUCGAAUCAGAUGAGCGGCGGAUGAAGGGCAUUUGGGUCUGACCUCAAGUGGAAGAGAAGAUGUUAACGACAGGAAGUAGAUCUAGGGGCUGGACAGGGGAUCUGGGUUUGCUCUCCCAUGUUGGAGAACAAAGAAUCCAAGGUUUGGAGAAAACAGCUUCAUAGAUCUUAACCUUCCUGCUCCCAUGGAAGACGAAGAUUUCAGCCAAAUUAAGCUCCCUGCUGUGUAUGAUGAUUUUGUACUUAAAAUCAUAUUUUUCUAUUUCUUCCACGCCCUUUAAACGAGUCGAUUAAUUCUUUUAAUUCUUCAAACUACUGAGGAGAUAUAGUUUCCAAUCCAUCUCCUCUUUCUCCUGAGCAGAUGCCAAACAAGAUUUUUUGUUUUCAAAAUCCAAGGAUCCUUGCGCAUGACUCUUUUUUUUUUUUCGGCUUUGUUAUUUAGGUUUAGAUGGAUAAAUGGAUGAUGCUUGGAGGUUAAGGUAGAAGAGGAUACACCCGGCUUCAGAUUUGGAGGUUUGGCAAAGUUAGUGAGACUGUGAAGGUUGAUUAAUGGUAUUUUCAAGCAGGGAAAGGGUCAUAAUUGAUAAUGAUACAAGAACCAAGGUUAUCUAAUUAAGGUAUUAGGUUGAAUUAUUUGAAUUUAUGAUUUAUUUUUUGAGUUAAGAUUUAAUUAUACACAUCACUCAUACAAAAUUUUAAUCAUUCAUAUGUCUUUUUCAUUAUUUUCUUUUUUCCUCUAAUGUUUCAAUGAAGUUUUGGCAGGCAAUGUUCUAUGCAAAAUUGUGGAUUUUGUUGAAAAC